AUUACUGAGCUGCACACACAGCUGCAGUCUUGGCAGAAACAUAAGAAACCCCAUAAUGCACUGCAGGCACAAAGUUUAACAGCCAGCCUUUAUCUGAACAGCAGAAACAUUCCUAUUAACACCACACCCUAAACAGUACAUUUCCAAGGGAAUGCUGUAGGAUUGUCGUUGUUACAGACAUGGAGUAUUUCUCAGCCCCAUGCUCCUUGUUUUCCUUCUCCAGCACAGUGAUUAUAGGUUUGGCUUUCCUCAUAUUAGCUCUCUUAUAUGAUUUCAUCAAGUACAGAACAAGAGAAAGUGGUUAUCCACCCGGACCUUUCCCUCUGCCAUUUGUGGGGAAUAUAUUCCUUCUGGAUCCCAAGGACAUACCUGCCAGUCUUUCACAGCUGAGGAAGAGAUAUGGCAAUGUAUACAGCCUGCAGAUGUUCUGGGAAAAGGCAGUGGUACUGAAUGGGUUUGAAACAGUAAAAGAGGCAUUUAUCACUAAAUCGGAGGACACUGCUGACAGAAGUCCAAUCCCCAUCUUUGAAUAUCUUGGCUUUCAUAAAGGUUUUGCUUUUACAAAUUAUGGGCAGAGCUGGAAAGACCUAAGAAGAUUUUCCAUUUCAACUUUCAGAGACUUUGGUAUGGGGAAAAAAACUAUUGAAGAGCCUGUGAGAGAAGAAGCCGGUUAUCUCUGUACUGCUAUUCAGGCUAAGGAAGGACGUCCCUUUGACCCAUUCCUCUUGUUGAAUCAAGCGGUUAGCAAUCUUAACUGCUCAAUUAUCUUUGGAGAACGCUAUGAUUACAGCGACGCAGCAAUCCAGAGACUUCUGUUUCUUUUACAAGAGAGAUUUCACCUGGAGACUGGAGUCAUUUCUCAGAUAUUAAACAAUUUCCCUCGGCUCAUAAAAAUUGCUGGUCCACAUCUGAAGUUAUUUAAAGUCCAAAAUGAUUAUCUGAACUACCUGAAGGCAAAAAUCAAGGAGCAUAAGGAUACAUGGGAUCCAGCAGUCACGCGGGACUAUGUUGAUGCAUUUUUUGAGGAGAUAGAGAAGACUAAAGAUAACCCCCAGAGCAGUUUUACUGAGACUUCACUUUUGUUCACAAUUGCCGAUCUCUUUGUUGCUGGAUCAGAAACGACAUCCAAUACCCUAAGAUGGUCCAUCCUGAUGAUGCUCCGCAAUCCUCACAUACAAGAUAAGGUUCACCAAGAAAUUGAUCAGGUUAUUGGCCGGAAUAGGAUACCAAAGAUGGAAGACCAGCGGAACAUGCCUUACACUAAUGCAGUUAUCCAUGAAACCCAGCGUUAUGGAAAUAUUCUGCCGACUGCUCUCUUUCACAUGGCAUACAGGGACACUAAUAUACAAGGCUUUAACAUCCCCAAGGGUACAACAAUCAUCCCAAACUUAACAUCUGUGUUAAAGGAUGAGACUAUCUGGGAGCGCCCUUAUCAGUUUUAUCCAGAACACUUUUUGGAUUCAGAGGGAAAGUUUGUGAAAAGAGAAGCGUUUAUACCAUUUUCUGCAGGGAAACGCAUGUGCUCAGGGGAGGCAUUGGCCAAGACGGAGCUGUUUCUCUUUUUUGUAAGCCUUUUCCAACGUUUCGAUUUCCAAAUUCCUUGUGAUCAGCCUCGGCCUCGAGAUGAUCCCGUUUACAUAUUCUCCUAUAUUCCUCAGCCCUUCCAAGUAUGUGCUUGUGUGCGCUGAUCCAGAAGAGGAGAAAUACAUCAUUUCAUCCAUCUUUUGCAUUUGCUGGAUUUAAUGUGACAAGUUAGUUAGAACUGGUGAUCAAUGUCAUGAGAAGGUUUGUAAAUCAAAUUUUGAACCCGAAACCUGUGUCACAAAUUUAAUCGGCCACAUGUUAAAGUUCUUUUUUCAGGAUCAAUAGCAAUUAGUAGUUGGAUGUUGGAAGUGAAUGAGAGAGCAUUGGGUUGUCUGUGUCCCGGGCAUUUGAAGAGUUUGUAGGUAAGAGGCAGAGUGGGAUCGAGUUCUAAUUUCAUUUGGCCUGGUUUAUUGAAAUAAGUGCUUAAUGGCAGCAGUGCAUUUGCCUAUAGCAAAAUCAAUUUAGAAAACAAAAGCAAAUUGGCCAUUAAAAAGGGAAAAGAAACCAAGCUCUAUCAUUGUGCACAUACCCGCUAAGCAGUACCUGGACAGUGGCAUCAACAGUCAAAGAGAAGCAAAUGUGCCAAAAAAUAGUUAAAGGAGAAGCAAAUCCUGCUAACAAUCCAAGCCCUCUCCACAGACCUCCUUCCCCACUCCCAACCCACAUCACCGGGGACUCACCCUGGUUGUCAGGUGAAAUGUUGUAUCAUAUUUGGUCGUCAUCACUGCAAUUGCUGACACGUGAAUGUACAUUUGAAGAUUCAAAGAGUUCAAGAUUCAAAGAUUUUUUGAGGAAUAUGCACUGUUAGUAUGAGCACCACCCACUGGUCUGUUUAGACUGAGGUAGUCAAGGAAUUUGUCAGAUUGAAGAAAGAGGGCUGCUCGGGUUCUUCUGCUUAGUAAAAAUGAAGUUUCUAAGUUUGUAAGAACAUCAGAGCAGCCCUCUAUCUUUCUCCUGACAAUUUCCUCUACUACUGUACGUGACAGUUGCAAACUGACCAGCAGGUGGUGCUUUUGUAACAAAAUUCAUUCAUAAUAGCAGCACAUCUCCCAAUGUUGAGGAAAAAAUAAUGAAUGUAAAUUGCAAAAGAGCUUAGAAUAGCACUUAUUAAUUUUACAUUCACUUAUUUAAAAAAUGUACUUAUCCUAAAAUUGUGCCCACGAUUUCUUCUGAAAAUGUGUGUGAAAGUUAGGGAGGACAUUUACUAAAGCUCGAUUUUAUUGGUUCGGUUGUUUUUGACGCCGAAACUCGAUUUUUCGUGCAAACCUCCCCCCUCAAUUUUUCCCAGAAGCCUGUCUAAAUCUUGUAGAAGUCAAUGGCAGAUGUCCCUUUUUACAAUUGCAAGAUCGUUCUUUGCUUCAUGCUUUUCAGGUGCUUUGAUGCUGGUUUUUGUGUGACAACUCGAAAAAGUCACGCUUAUUGUGCAACAACUUAAAACAGUCAAGGUUUUCAAAACUUUUUGGAUAAAUGUCUUGAAAUUGUGAAAAUAGGUUUAUUCAUGGUUUCAAAAAAAUAAAAAUGAGAAAAUGUCAGGUUUUAUUAAUUCCCUCUCUUAAUUCAGAUUGGAGACCCUCUACCUUGCAUGUACAGUAGUUAUACCUAGACCAGCUUAUUUCUAUAGCACAAAUAUCACAGUAACCCGAUUGUUCCUGUUCCGCAAUUACAACUUUGUGUAUCCAGUAGACUUUUUGGUUCAGAUUCACAAUAAAAAAUAUCAAAUACCUUA